AUGGAGACGAACCACAUCGAUAGCCUCCUGGAGCGCUAUCUCAUCCUGCUGGACGAGUACACGGCCUUGCGCGAGCGCCUCAGCGGGACUCAGGCGGGCAUGUAUCAGAACAUUGCACGAGCCAACUUCUCCGCGGAGAGGGGCGUCCGUUACGGGCCGGAUUACUACGACGAGCGCAUGCGGGCUUCGAGGACCCUCGAGGUGGCCGUGGAUGACAGGGGUAUCCCCCGCUUUGAGGUUAUCAAGGUUGUGGAGGGGGCUGAUGCUGUGACGGAGCCGAAGACGGAGACCACGGAGGCUGCAGCGGCGGCGGCGGUGAAGAAUGAUGAUGUCAAUGAGGCCCCGAGCGUGGAGCCGGAAGGGGUAACCUCCGUUGAUGAGGAGCAGACGGAGAAAGAGGCCGAGAAGAAGGAUGAGGCGGAGAACGAGAAGGAAAAGAUGAAGCAGAAGAAGAAGAAGAAGAGUAAUGAUCCCCUCCGGUGGUUCGGGAUCCUGGCGCCGAUGCCUUUGAGGCAGGCACAAUCGCUCUCGGUGCAGGCCGUGCAGGACAUCAUCCCCCGGUUAGUCUCGGUGGACGCCGAGAUGAAGGGUAUCGAGAUCGAGAUCCGCCGGGCGAGGAAGAGGCGAGCCAAGGCUGAGGCUGCGGCGGCUGCGGCGUUGAAGAGGGACGAUGUCGAUGAGGGCGCGGAAGCUGUUCGGCAUGAGACACAAGCCCCGAUGGCUGCAGUCUGA